CGCGGGAAAACGUGGCUCGUGCAGUGGCUGCCGAUAACGACAAGGCGCGCUUUUCACUCUCCUCCACCAUUCGCCCACUCACAAUCUGGCCCGCGAAGCCCACCCACACUCGAUGACCAAGCACAGCGGCCAAUCACCCUGGACGUGCUGCAGCAGCAACAGCUCGGUGUCACCACGGUGUCAACCCGUCGAUUCUUACGCCGCAGCCUGCCUCAAGCACGUGAAGCUAGUCAAGCCACUCACGCUCUCGGCUCGACGUCCCGAGAACGGCAGGCUUGGGUGGUGAAACGUCGUCUUCAACCCGCGUAGACAACCACUCAACGGCAUUAUGUCGCGAAGUACCUGCAGU